CGCUGCCGCCAUCCCGCCGCCGGCCCCGGGCCUGGCGCGGCCCCUGGGGGCGGAAAGUGCGUUUAAACUCCCCGAGGGGCGAGAGCGCCGCGAACCCGCCGGUGGGCGCCGCCAGGACGCCGGAUCAACUUCUCUGCACGACCAGAAAGUAUUUACAGUUUCUGAGUGCCCAGACAAGCCGUGCCCUGUGCUGAUUCCCAAACCUGUGAGCAAAUGGAUUGCUUUGAGAAUGGGAAGAUUUGUGCUCAAAUGGGCUCCCAGCAGCACAGGGAGAGCAGUGGCUGUCAGGUGACUGAGGCUGGCAGACCUGUCAGACGUCUCCGGAGAAAGAGAAGAUUGCCUCUGGAUUCAGAGGAUGAGGAGGAAAAUGCAUAUGAGGAUGAGGAGAAGAAUAAAUCAAAUAAUAUGAAAAGCCGCAGAAACACUAAACCAAUAAAACAAGUGCUUCCUGGAAAGAAGAAGGUAUGGAACUGGCCUUCCUACCUGGAAGAAGAACAGAUGGCAGCUGCUCCCCAAAAGCUGUUCAGAGAGUAUCAGUCAUUCCCACAAGGCCGAAAUGGAUUUAAAGUUGGAAUGAAAUUGGAAGGGGUGGAUCCUGAGCACCCCUCUCGAUUCUGUGUUCUCACAGUGGCUGAGGUGCAGGGGUACAGGAUGCGGCUGCACUUCGAUGGUUUCCCAGAGUGCUACGACUUCUGGGCUAAUGCUGAUUCCUCAGACAUCCAUCCUGUGGGCUGGUGUGAAAAAACAAGCCAUAAGCUGCUCCCUCCUAAAGGUUUCAAGGAGGGAGAAUUUAAUUGGACUUCCUAUCUGAAGAGCUGCAAAGCUCAAGCAGCUCCAAAAAGCCUUUUUAAGACCCUCAGCAGUCCUGUCACACCCUCUGGCUUUCGUUUGGGAAUGAAGCUGGAGGCAGUGGACAAGAAGAACCCGUCGCUGGUUUGUGUUGCCACCGUCAGGGACGUGGUGGAAAACCGGCUGCUGAUCCACUUCGACAACUGGGAUGGCAGCUAUGACUACUGGUGUGAAACGAGCAGCCCAUAUAUCCGUCCUGUGGGCUACUGCCAAGAAACUGGAACCCCACUGACAACACCACCUGGACACAAGGAUUCCAAAGCCUUUUCAUGGGAGAAAUACUUGGAAGAAACCAAUUCCCAAGCAGCCCCAGCAAGAGCCUUUAAACUGCGCCCUCCUCACGGAUUCCAGGUUAAUACCAAGUUAGAGGCUGUGGACAGACGAAAUCCCAUCUUGAUAAGAGUGGCAACAAUCGUUGACAGAGACAGCCACCGUGUUAAGAUACAUUUUGAUGGCUGGGACCAUCACUAUGAUUUCUGGGUGGAUGCAGACAGCCCUGACAUCCAUCCUGUGGGCUGGUGUGACAAAACUGGACACGCUCUGCAAGUCCCUCUAGGUGCUGAAGAUCCAGAGGGAGCAGUGGGACAGGCAUGUCCUACCCCAGGCUGCCAGGGGAUUGGGCACGUCCGGGGCCCCCGCUACGGAACACAUCACACCUUAGUUGGGUGCCCAUACUCUGAUGUGAACCUCAGCAGAGAAAACCUGUUACAGGACCGGCUGAGUGGGGAGAGACCCUCCCCUGGGAGCAGCGUGCAGAGGGGCAGGAGGCUGGAGACUGCUGGCCCAUUGCUGGGGGCAGAGGGGUCUUCUCAGGGCGACUCCUCACAAUCCAGAAAAUCUGCACCAGACAGUGAAAAGUGGUGUCAAAGCAGCAUCCACACUCCAUCAGAGCAGUCAGAAAACAGUGGGGAGAGAGGCUGGGGAGAUGAGGAUUCCUCUGCAGACAUCAAAGCCACACCAAAAACGCUUGGGUGCUCACAUGCCUAUAUCAAGUUUCAGCUGGUGAAACAGGAAAGCAAUGGGAAAGGCCCUGAUUUGGAUCUCCAGCAGGCUCUCCACCAGUCUAUCUUCAUGCCUUCCCUGGCCUCUAACCCGACCCACCGCCUCCAUCUCUUCUGGGAGCAGCACUGCAGGCUCUUGCCCGAGGUCUCAGGCCUGACAGCCAAACAAGUUGCCAAAUGGACUGUGGAGGAGGUGGUGAGCUUUAUCCAGCGUUUGCCUGGUUGCAAAGAACAAGCAUCAGUGUUCAGGGAAGAGCAGAUUGACGGGGAGGCUUUCCUGCUCCUCAAGCAGAAUGACAUCGUUAAAAUACUCAGCAUCAAGCUGGGCCCUGCCCUGAAGAUCUACAAUGCCAUCCUUAUGUUCAAGUCUGCAGAAGACAACUGAGAAGAGGCCUUUGGAAGAUCCAGGAGGAAUUGACAGGGAUUGGAUCUUCAGCUGUGAGCAUUACAACACACCAGACAGGUGGAUUGGGACUCGGAUGUGUUUUAAGUAGAACUUAGUAAAAAUGGUUUGAGGUUAUAAAAAUCCUGCCACAGUCUGGAAUAUGGGGCAGCUUCACUUCCAAGAAGAGGAUAUUAUUAUAUUUUGUAAUUGAAUUUGGUUUUGAUAUAUCAAUCUCUUUUUGAGAUCGAGAAGAAACCUCCAGUUCUAAGGGGAAUCCAAGGUAGCACUGUGGAGCUGCACAAGCAAGAAGAAAGUUUUGAGACACUGGCUUUGUGUCCAGUGAUAGUGCCUGAAAGACUGAGUGAUCACCAGCGAGAUUAAUGUGUUCUUUGUAAUAAAAGAGAGAGGAAAAAGAUGCACUUCAGAGCAACUCCCCCAUAUCCUUCACUGCUGUGACUCAGGAGCUGACCUUUUCACAACUGGUUGUUCAAUUCCAGUUUUUCCUACUGAUCCUGGUUGUUGUGAUGCCCUUGGUUGCUGGGCUGUUUUCACAUGGGCAGAGGGUUUCCAUCAGGGAUGGCUUGCACAGGUACUGCCAGCAAGUAAAGUGUCCUCAUUCCCUGUCAGGAGGCAGGGCAGGGCAGGUGGGCUGUGGGUAGAUAAAGAUCCCAUGAGGGCAACUGCUGCUGGAGACAAAGAGAUGUGUUUUAGUUGUAAUUCUCCCAUCAGUGCUUUUGUGCAGCUCCUCCUUCUGGGCCAGGAACAUCUUCUGGCAGAAUGGCACAAUCAGGAGCAUUGAGGAUUGGUGUGUGUUCUUGCCCUCUCCACUGUCAGCCAAUGCUAAGAACAGGAGUUGGAAAGCCAGCAGUGGCCAGAGUGUGUGUGUAAACAGAUUUCCUAGAGACAAAUGACUUUUCCUUUGAACCAUCCAAACUGAUGAAUGUGAAGUGCUUUGGUCUUCUCCCCUUGUUGUGAACUUUGGUGUGUUCUGCCAGAGAGCUGGAGGGCAGGGCAGCAGCUCCUCUUCCUCUGGGAGGGGGGCAGGCAGAGCAUCCAGGGAUGUAAGAUUGGAGAGGAAUCAGGAUUUAAACAGCAAAAUGUGGGAGCAGUUAGUUGCCAAAGAGAGAGCUGCUGUAUGUGGGGAGAGGAGUGGAGCCUGGGGCUGUGUUCUGCACAUGCAGCCCGUGCUGUCCUGGUGGGAGCACAGUGUAAGGAGCAUGGCCAUGACAUGCUGGGGGGUUUCAUGGUGUCCUGUCCCCAUGGUGCCCUGCAGGCACAGUGAGUCCUGCUCACACUCAGUGCUGGCAGGACCAGCUCUGUCCCCAGCCUCUCCCUGCUGGCUCUGUGGCUGUUCCAGAGCCACCUCAGCUCAGGCAGCCCCUCAGCUGUGGCUCCAGGCUGGCUCCUGCCUGUGGGAGCCCUUGGGAGCCUGGGGUGUGUCCUGGUGCUGCCAAGGGCAGGUUCUGCCCUCAGCCCCUGCCAGCCUGUGGGGCUGUCUCAGGGCACUGAUGGUGAUGUGAUCCAUCCACAGCUCCUCAGAUUCCCUUGGCAUCUCUGCCACCAGUGUGGCUGUCAGGAGCUGUCAGGAACAGAGUGAACACACUGUCCAUGACUGUGUGGGACUCAAGGAACACACUUGUUCCCCCUUCUGCCUCACCCACAUCCUUUGUCCGACCCUCCUGCUGCUGAGAAGGUUCUUGUGACUUGUCUGAAGCAGAAGGUUCCUUAAAUUGAAGAUAGAAUCCACACCACUGAAGCCAUUCAGUCCUGGAAUAAUACUUAGAGCAGUUUGUUUCUAUAUAUAUUUUUAAUAAGAAUUUAAGGAGUUUAAGCCUUCAGGUUUGGUGGGAUAUUUAAUAGCUGAACCAAUACAUAUCAGCCAGGGAGCUGCAGGGGAGAAAUUUUUUGCAGUGUUAAGGACUAGCAAUGGGUGAAUUUACUUUAUUAAAAAAAUUUUUAGUAUGAUAACCAGGAUAUUCACCAAAGAGUCAAAUUCCUUUAUCCCUCUCUGCACAUCCAGAGGCAAAAUUAAGACUAGAUUGUAAGUGGCAUGUCCUCUGACAGAAGUCGCCUUCUGGGCAAAGCAGAAUUGUUUCUUGACAGCUGGAACAGAGGAUCCAGAGCUGGGCUGUUUAUUCCUGCCUCUCCACUGAGUUGCUAAAUGACCCUGAGCCCCUCCUUGCCCCACUUUCCCCCUCUGUGACACCCAGCCAGGUGGGCUAAGUGCAAUUCUGCCUUUUUACUGUUUCAAGCAAGCAGGUCCUGCCAGAGUUUCUGUUCCACCUCCUUCCUUUGGGAGCCUGAGUUGGGGGACAGCAGAUUGCCUCUAGCAGUAAACCAAAAUCUAAUAUUAAUUUGAGUUCUUUUACUAUAUAUAGAUGGAGGAUGAAGAGAAUCGGUUAAACAAGCAGUGAGAUUCAGUCAGUGAAAUUAUUCAAACAGAAGAGAAAUCUUUAAUCCUUGGGGCUUCUGAGCCAGCUGGAUCAAAGAGGAAAAUGUGUACUUGGAGGUUGUUCAGUGACAGCCAGCACAGUGCUUUCAGCAGGGGGGAAGGAGGAACCUUUUAGGGAUGGAAGGAGGAGGAAUGUGCUUCUUGUGCCUUUUUUUGUAAUCUGAUAAUUGUCUUUGCAGAGCAAGCAAGAAUGUGCACACAUCUAUUACCCACUCCUUUCCCAAAUAUAGCUGUAUUCCAAUAAAAUCCAGCACUUCACAGGGCAAAAAGACUUCCAGUGCCUUCACUGGACACAUUUAAAACUCCCUGAUAUUUACAAGAUAGAAAAAAAAUAAAUCAGCUCAUCUUUUAGCCCCAUAACUUAGGAAUUCAUCAGUUGCUGGUGCCAUUCCAUUUCUGUCAGGGGUGUGAGUUGUUCCUGCUGCCUGUCCAAAUUCUGCUCUGCCUCUCCCCAGUCCUGCUCCAGGCCUGUGCCAUGGCCAGGGCUCUGCAGAGGCCCUCGGUUUCCUGAUGCCUUGUGUGGUUUGAAAUGUGCACUUUGAAGCAAAAAUCUCAAAGUUGUGGCUCUGGGGGGAGCAAAACUGAAGCUGGUUAAUGCCAGCUGGGAUUGGGAGGAUUUAGAGUCUGCUGGAUGUCAGCAGGAACCAGUUGCUGGCCCAGCUGAACCCAGAAGUCUCUUAGUAAUACAGAGAGAUUCCUUAGAAGCAUCUGGGAGCUGUGACAAGUUCCCAUGGGCCAGCAGUGCAGUUGGGAAUUUCCAGUUCUCAAAAUCUUAUUCCUGGCUGUGUUUCUUUUCCCUUACCACUGGUUUUGAAAUUCAAAGCAAUCAAAUUUUUCUCCUUUUCUCUUUUUCUCAUUGGCUGGGAGUCCUGUUAAAUUUUUUCUGUGCCAUCACCAACAAUCAUCCCCAUAAUCCAGUAGCAGCAAAUUUCAGCUCUGGGUAAUGAAUGACAUGGAAGUGGGACAGGAGCAUUUGGUGUGGCUGCUGAAGGAAAAGGCCAACAUUGGCCCAGGGAUGAGCCAGUUCAGCUGUACAAGAUUUCCUGCCUGCUACUUUUAUGCCCUGCUUAGGGAUUUAUACCACAGAGAGCUUUAAAGUUUUUGACAUCCCCCCCAUCAUGUGAUGAGCCAGCUUAUUUUGGAGAUUCCUGUUACUUGAAGUGGAAGGAUGAGCAGGGGAAGGGAGCAGAGGCUCAGCUCAGCCUCAGAAAUGUCUGCCUGCUUUAAACCAAAUACUUGAGCUUUUCAACACUAGCCAUGACCUUGCACUCCACCGAUGCUUUCCUCUGGAAAUGUGAAUAAAAUUAAUGUAAGUUCA